AUGUCCAACUUCGAAAAGCAGUUAGAAGAUUUCUGCGUAGGGACCGGUGCAAAGCCCACUCGUCCUAUGGGAUCAGUUCUUUCACAGUUUUGCACAUUAACGGACCUACCUAUAAAAAGACUAAUAUUGGACGAGUGUCACAUCAUCAAAAGAGAAGGAAGCGCCUUUUAUAACGCAGUACGUGGGGUGGCGUCGGAAAUCCUCUUAACACUCCUCCAGGGCCACCAUCUGACAAGCAGGAAGCAUUUCCUGCAUGCGUUUUGCGGACCCGAUGAAAUGGAGGUUAAUGAAUUCUCCGAUCCAGACGCCAUCGCGCUUCAGAGAUUCUUGCUUGCGGUCCUGAUUGCAAGACCCGCCAUAUCCCUGGGCCUCCCAGGGAUCACAAGAAAGGAGGUGAAGUUUGACCUUGGGGAAAAGGAGAAAGCUAUCGUCCAAGAGGCUACUACAAAGUUCUGUAGGACCAAGGGGAUUCUGAGCAGUCGGUCUGGGAAUCAGGACAGUGGGCUUAUACAGGAAAUGGGGCUCGCCGUGCAAGCUCAGGUAGCCGCGGCACAUUUGCUUCUUGCAGAAUUCGUAUCCAAGACACAGCCCGUUGUUCCUCUCGGCGACGAAAUAGACGGCGAUCCGGAAGACAUUGUCGUCCGGCUUGUAGACAUGCAAGCCACAAAGUUCACAGGCGGACUGUGGCCUGGAGAGAAGAUAGUUAUUUUCAGUACUUAUCUUCGAUUCCUUGACAUUGUCGAUCGAGUUCUCACGGGAGAACCCAUCGUGACUUUUCGCUACGACGGAUCACUGGACAAGGACCAAAAAGUGUUGGUCCUACAGCAAUUCGACAACUACUUUGGAUCCGCCGCUCUCCUGAUUACAAGUGGCUCUGGUAGUGUGGGUUUAAACCUCCAGAGCGGUUCCAUUGUUAUACAAUGUGAACCAUGGUGGAACGGGAAUACAGAGAAACAGGCCUAUGCGCGAUGCCAUAGACAAGGACAGACAAAACAUGUGAAGGUUUUCCGUCUAUUUGCCUCCAACUCUGCAAUAGACCUCUCCAUUGAUGGCACCAAGGAACGGAAAAAUCGAGUCAACGAAAGUAUCAUGACUGGUCUGAUACGCAAAGUUGACGACCCUUUGGUGAUACCUUCUUUUGUCCAGAGUGACUUCGGAUGUGGAAGUCAGAGAACGCGCCUGACUUUACUUUCUUCCCCCACGCGAUGCCAUUGUGAGCAUAGGUCACGGAAAUAG